AUGGAAGAAGGCAAACAUCAUCCUGAGCGGGUGAAAAUCAAUGUUGGUGGAACUGUCUUUGAAACGCUGGUUUCCACUUUUACAAAAUUUGAUAAUUCUGUUUUCUGCGAUUUGGUUGCUGAUCGAAAUGAGGAGGAGUUGUUCAUUGACAGAGAUCCAGUUCAUUUUUCAAAAAUCCUCAGCUACCUUAGAGAUGCUGAACAUUUCAAACCGCCUUUAAAAAAUUAUGAUCGUGAGAUUCUUCGCCAAGAAGCUGAGUUUUACAAACUACCUGGCCUUGUCAAGUUAUGCUCGCCCGAGGUUUUGCACGUUGGCGAUACAGUACUCUGGAGCGAGAGUGCUAAAGAGUCAUUCUGGCUCUUUCUCAGCAACAAAGAUAUGCUCGUUCUCGAUGCCUGUGACUAUUGCGGUCAUUCAAUAGUGGUACGUAAGCACCCGUUCGCUAUGGAAGAUGCGUUUGUGGAAACGUACAUAAGAACGGCGCAUGUAAAGUCUCACAUGUCAUCCAUGAGAGGCACCAUAGUUUCGCAACGUGGCAACUGCUGGCAUGUGCGAUGGCGUACUGCGCCCGAAACCACCAUCUUGAGAGAUAUUUCAAAAUCUGCACAUCUUUUGACAAAAGCGAAGUAA